AAAGCAGGGGAAGAAUCCUUCCCUUAUCGGGACGCACCUGAAUAUCAUCCACAAGUACUACACUAUUUUGGUGAUAGAUAAAAUAAUUAAAAAAAUACCUAAGAAAAAGUGACAUCUGACAUAGCGAUUGAUAAUUUAUUACAAUAUCUAUUUAAUUCUAGUAUGCAUAUGAAAAUGUUGUUAAUCUACGAAUGCCGUAUGAUCUUCUAAUGGAUACAUUGGAUAACUAUUCAUUGUUUACGAAUAUAUCAUUAUCACAAAAAACUAGUUAUCAUCAUCCUAUACUCUAUGGUGUAGCGAGUUAUGCUGCAAUUUUAGUUAUUAUUGGCACAAUUGGUAAUCUUUUAACAAUUUAUAUUUUACUUCGACCUAGUUUACGUUGUAAUACAACUAUGCGUUAUUUAACGGCAGCAGCUAUUGCUGAUCUAUGUACUCUUUAUAGUUGGAAUUUAAAUUUAUUCUAUAAAUAUAUAAUUAAUUCAUAUCAAAAUGAUUUAGAAGAUAUAUCUUUGUAUACAUGUCGAUUAAUAUCAUUUUUAGCUUUUUCAUCAUUACAAUUAUCAUCAUGGUAUUUAAUGUUAGUUAGUUUUGAUCGUAUGAUGAAUAUUCACUUUUUAUUUUGGAAAAAAGAUUUUGGUAAACCUUAUAUUUCCACAUAUAUUAUUAUUAUUGUUGCUACUAUUAUUCUUGUUCUUAAUUCUCAUUUAUUAUUUAUUAAUGGAUUUAUUGAACAAAAUUGUAUUCCAAAUGGUAAACAAACAUGUGUUAUAUGCUAUAAACGAUUGACAGAUGAUCGUUAUGUAUUUCCAAAAUGGGAAAAAGUUCAUUUAAUAAGUUAUACAUUAAUACCAUUUACGGUUAUGAGUAUAUGUAAUUUAUUUAUUAUUCGUCGAAUACUUGCUACUAAUAGACGACAAUCAACAAAAACAUCAAUAAUUAAUAAAAGUAUAAAAUUUCGUUUAAGAAAACAACGACAAUCAACAAGAAUGUUAAUACUUGUUACAUUUUUAUUUAUUCUAUUAACAUUACCAGCCAUGAUUUAUCAUAUUUUUUUAAGAGAAUUAUUUGAAAAGAAAAAACCAUUAAAAUAUAUUUUACAAGGAAUUUUAUUAUGUAUUCAAUUUACAAGUCAUACAAUUAAUUUUUUUUGUCUAUUCUUUUAUGGCUAG